AACUAUAAUUUUUUAACAAUAAUAUUGUACUAUCAAAAUUAAAAAGAAAUGAAAACAAAAAAAAGUAAACACUAUCAAACUCAGAUUCCUAUGUUACUUUAGAUCUGAAUUAUUAUUAUCAAACCUUCCUCAUGGAUUUCCUUUAGCUCCUCUCUCCCCAAACCUCAAACCCCCCAAAAAAUAUAAAAAUUUUAGGUACAUAGAACCUACCCUUAUUCUUAGUCUUAUACCCUUCCCUUUACCCUUACCCUUACCCUUACAAAUCUUACAUACAUGUUUUGAUUAAUUAAUUUCAUUUUUAGAAACCAAAAAUAAAUAAAAAAAAUGGAAAAAUUAGCUCCUCCUCUUCUUCCUCUUCAUCCUCCUAUGUUAUCAAAUCCAUUUUAUAAUUCAUCAAAUAACAAAAAACGCGAUCUAUCAUACGACGUCGUUCACAUCCCAAACGACAAUUGGAACCCUAAAGAAUGGAAUUGGGAUUCAGUUCGAUUCACCGCCAAAUCAACCGUCUCACAACAACACCACACCGAAGAAACUCUCAAAUUGAAUCUCGGCGGCGCCGCUGUAAACGGCGGAGUUAACAGCGGAGUUAACAGCGGAGUUGUAAACAGAGCAAACAAACGAGUACGAUCAGGAUCUCCAACAGCAUCAUAUCCGAUGUGUCAAGUUGAUAACUGUAAAGAAGAUCUAUCAAAAGCUAAGGAUUAUCAUCGACGGCAUAAAGUAUGUGAAGCUCAUAGUAAAGCUUCGAAAGCUUUGUUAGGGAAUCAAAUGCAACGGUUUUGUCAACAGUGUAGUAGGUUUCAUCCUUUGUUGGAAUUUGAUGAAGGGAAAAGGAGUUGUAGAAGGAGACUUGCUGGACAUAAUCGUCGACGGAGAAAAACGCAGCCGGAUGAGGUUGCUAAUUCUUCUUCUCCUCCGUUGAAUCAGCAAGUUGUGGCGGCUGCUGCUAAUUUGGAAAUUUUUAAUUUGUUGACUGCUAUUGCUGAUGGUUCUCAAGGAAAAUUUGAGGAAAGAAGGUCACAAGUUCCAGAUAAAGAGCAGCUUGUUCAGAUUCUGAAUAGGAUCCCUUUACCUGCUGAUCUUACAGCGAAGUUGCUGGACGUUGGUAAUAAUUUGAAGGGGAAAAAUGAUAACGUUCCAAUGCAAACUUCAUCUCCGUAUCAUUAUUGUGAUGAUCAACCAAACAGUGUCCCCUCUGCCCCGUUAACUAUGGACUUACUUGCUGUUCUUUCUACCACUCCAUCCACACCUGCUCAAAAUGGCGGCACCAAGUCCACAACUAGUGCUGAUCAGAUUAGAGAACAACAAUUCACUUCAGUUGGUGGAGAAAGAAGCAGUGGCAGUUCUCAGUCUCCAAAUGAUGAUUCAGAUUGCCAGGAGGAUGUUAGAGUUAAUUUGCCAUUGCAACUUUUUAACUCCUCUCCAGAAGAUGACAACCGGUCAAAAUUGCCAUCUUCACGAAAUUAUUUUUCAUCGGAAAGUAGUAACCCUGUUGACGAAAGGUCGCCAUCGUCAUCUCCUCCUGUUGUGGAAAUGAAUUUUGGUUUGCAAGGUGGGAUUAGAGGUCUCAAUUCUAAUAGCAUUAAGACUGGAAUGGGAGUCAAUGCAAAUAAGGAAACUAGUCAAAGUCAUAGUUGUACUACUAUCCCUCUUGAUCUCUUUAAAGGGUCAAAAUCAAAUAACAUGAUCCAACAAACUAGUUCAGUUCAAAGUGUUCCGUUUAAAGCUGGUUAUGCAUCUUCAGGCUCUGAUUAUUCACCUCCCAGUUUGAAUUCAGAUACUCAGGAUCGUACCGGGAGAAUAAUGUUUAAAUUAUUUGACAAGCAUCCUAGCCAUUUGCCAGGAACAUUGCGAUCACAGAUUUACAAUUGGCUUUCUACUCGGCCAUCAGACUUGGAAAGUUACAUAAGGCCUGGCUGUGUCGUCCUAUCAAUUUAUGCUACAAUGUCUUCCGCUGCAUGGGCGCAACUAGAAGAAAACUUCCUCCAACGUGUUCAUUCUUUAAUUCAUAACUCAGAUUCUGAUUUAUGGAGAAAUGGAAGAUUUCUUGUUAAUUCUGGCAGUCAGUUAGCAUCACACAAAGAUGGAAAGAUACGCAUGUGCAAGCCAUGGGGAACAUGGAGGUCUCCAGAGUUGAUAUCAGUGUCCCCUUUGGCGAUUGUUAGUGGACAAGAAACCUCUAUGUCAUUGAAGGGAAGAAACCUGUCUGCUCCUGGCACAAAGAUUCAUUGCACUGGUGCUGACGGUUACACAUCAUCAGAAGUUAUAGGAUCUGAAGAUCCUGGUAUGAUCUAUGAUGAGAUAAAGUUGGGUGGUUUUAAAGUUCAGAAUACAUCUCCUGGUGGUGCUCUAGGUCGCUGUUUCAUCGAGGUUGAAAAUGGUUUCAAGGGCGACUGUUUUCCAGUGAUAAUAGCUGAUGCAUCCAUUUGCAAGGAAUUGAGACCGCUUGAGUCUGAAUUUGACGAAGAGGAAAAAAUAUGCGAUGCCAUUUCAGAGGAACAUGAAUAUCAUUUUGGGAGGCCCAAGUCAAGGGAUGAGGCUUUGCACUUUCUGAAUGAGCUUGGUUGGCUGUUUCAAAGGGAAAGGUUCUCGAAUGUGCAUGAGGUUCCAGAUUAUUCGCUUGACAGGUUCAAAUUUGUACUAACGUUUUCCGUGGAAAGAAACUGUUGCAUGUUAGUCAAAACCCUUCUGGAUAUACUGGUUAGUAAACACUUCGAAGGAGAAAGGUUGUCAACAAGGUCGAUGGAGAUGCUCAAAGCAAUCCAACUCCUAAAUAGAGCAGUGAAAAGAAAGUACAUAAGCAUGAUUGAUUUGCUCAUCCACUAUUGUAUACCUAGCAAAAAUGAUACAUCCAAGAAAUAUAUAUUUCCACCAAAUCUUGAGGGCCCUGGUGGUAUUACUCCCUUGCAUUUGGCUGCAUCUACUUCAGAUUCGGAGGGAGUUAUUGACUCUUUAACAAAUGAUCCACAAGAGAUUGGGUUGAAGUGCUGGGAGACCCUUGUGGAUGAAAGUGGGCAGACUCCACAUGCUUAUGCCGUGAUGAGAAAUAAUUACUCUUAUAAUAUGUUGGUUGCCCGCAAACGUUCUGAUAGACAAAGAAGUGAAGUUGCAGUUAGAAUUGACAAUGAGAUACAGCACCCAUCACUUGAAGUUGAGCUUAUGCAAAAGCGAAUUAACCAAGUUAAAAGAGUUGCGGACUCCUGUUCCAAGUGUGCUAUUGCCGAAGUUCGCUCCAAAAGAAAAUUUUCUGGUUCACGAAGCUGGCUUCACGGUCCCUUUAUUCAUUCGAUGCUAGCUGUUGCUGCUGUUUGUGUAUGUGUUUGUGUGUUAUUCCGUGGAACUCCUUUCGUAGGCUCAGUUUCUCCCUUCAGGUGGGAAAACUUGGAUUAUGGCGCACUUUAAUUCUGUUGGUGGUUGAAACUCAUAAAGGUAAUGAGAAGCAUAAAUCAGGACAACAGUUGCACAUUGCUUUAUUUAUGGCUAGAUUACCUCAGUGGGGAAGUUGUGCAUUUUAUGAUGAGAGCCAAAAAUGAACAUAUUAGAGGUUAAUUUUUGGAGCUAUAACUUGGCUCCAAGGAGAAAAGGGAAGUAGAGAUGGAUUUAAAUACUGCAUAUUUCUCUGUGAUGCCAGAGUUGAAGAUAAGUUACACCUGAAUGUUUAUCUUUUGGGUGAAGAAAUUUUCCAAAUAUUAGACCAGUUAAAACAUGACUUCCUAAGCCUUUAAGCAAUUAUGAGAGCAGUAAGCAUUGGGAAUAAAGAGAACUGAAUUGGAUAAUUGUUGAUGAGGUUAAAUAAUUUGGUUCAUUGCCUCCUUUUUUCUCAAGGAUCAAUGAGGAAAAAUUACCUGCUAUAGAACUAUAUAUCAUCUUCUGAUGCAUAGAUUUCUUUACUGUAAAGUUUAUUUGGGGAUAUUGACAAUAGGGAUGACCAUACUAUGAGUAUGAGUAAAAAGUGUAAUAUAUUUUUAGUUUUCAAUUACCUCUUUACUUAGAUACUUAUGACAUAAUUUUCCAUUUGUAAAUUUUGUUGUACCAUUAAAAUGUGUUGUCAUGGGCUAAUAAAUGCUUGAAAUUGUUUUUGAUCA